UUCCUUACGGAGAGGAGAAGAAAGGUUGGUGUUGAGGAACCUUCCCAUUUCCCCUUUAACCUUUCUGUUUUUGUGUCAACCCUCUCAUUUUUCCCCAUUUUCUUUCUUUAUUCCUUUUGCUCUGAUUUUGGUCUCGUCCUCAUGGCCACCAUCGGAAACAGAAACAUCAAUGCCAAAUUGAAUUAUGAUCGGAAUUCUUCAUGUUCUGAUGUGUUGCUUGGAGAUGUUGGAGCUGGAAAGUCUAGUCUUGUGUUGGGCUUUGUUAAAGAGCAAUUUGUUGAAUUUCAGGAAUCGACUAUAGGCGCUGCCUUUUUCUCACAAACAUUGGCUGUAAAUGACGCCAAUGUAAAGUUUGAGAUUUGGGAUACAACAGGUCAAGAGAGGUACCAUAGCUUGGCACCAAUGUACUUCAGAGGAGCUGCCACCGCCAUUAUUGUCUAUGAUAUAACAAAUCAGUUUUUGGAGGAGUCGUUGGUGGUUUGACUACAUUGGUAGCGAUGGAGAAGGUUCCUGUUGAUGACAAUGAUCGACCUCUGGUGAGUUCUUUGUUUAGCAUUAAUCUCUCCAAAACUACAUAUAUUUUAAACCUGUAUCUAAUUUUUACUGCUUUCUGUUUUACAAUUAAAUGGUAUUCCCUGACUGAUGAUAGAUGUAGUGUGUAUUUAGCAUAUGAUUUUUUGGGAAGCAAGAUGCCUUUUUAAUUUUGGUGAAUGCCGUGUUAGGAAUCAGUAUAUUAUUUGGUAACAUAUGUUAUCUGGAAGGUUGAGCAUCAAACUGGCUUCAACUUAACUCAAGCUGCAUAUCUAGAAAUACAAAGUCCAUGAUUUUUAUGAAGAUACUUUAGUAUGUUCUUAUCAAAUUGGUUGUUGGACUCUGCCUUAAUCAUAACAUUAGUUGACUUAAAUUAAAUUAUUGAAUCCUGUCCUCAGUAUAUAUUGUUUUCCUCUCAUUUGUGUUGGAGGAGAUUAAGAUAACCAGCGAAAUGGUGUUUGUCAAUCCUUACUCAGAACCAUACGAAGAAGAGGAAGAGAAGGCCAAAGAAGACGAAAAUGCUGAGGAUGAAGAUAAAGUUCGUUUCGGGACUCUUUUAAAUAUCAGCUGCCUUUAGAAAUUAUCAUUAUUGAGAUGACAAAAAAUAUUUGUCACGCGUAUAUUAUUUUGACAAUAAAAAAUUUGUCAUGUAAA